AAUAACAAAUAAAAUGGCACCUAUUAUUGAAGAGUCUCUGCUAUAACAUAACACUACUAGAUAGUACUAUUCUGGGCUAUAACUAUGUCUUUAUCCCAAGAUUACUCAAACUUUGAUUUACAUUGCAACGAAGAAGCUAGUAAUGAUGAUGAUGAUGUCGUUUCUCAUCAGGUUUCCAACUUCAAUGACCAUAUUCUUUGCUCAAAUUCAGAUUUUCUACACGAUGAGGAGAGUUCUAUUGUUAACGCCUUUAAUUCUGAGGUUGAUCAGCAUCAAAUUUUGGAUUCUGAUAUGAUCCGACGGUUUAGAAACGAUUCUGGGUUUGUCUCAGCUCGACUAGAAGCAGUCAAAUGGAUAUUAGAGGUUCAUGCUUACUACCAGUUUAGGCCUGAAACGGCAUAUCUUUCUGUAAACUAUUUCGACCGUUUUCUUCUCUCAACGACAUUACCGAAAGGUAAAGGUUGGCCUUUACAGUUGUUAUCAGUGACUUGUCUUUCUCUAGCUGCUAAAAUGGAAGAAAUAAGUGUUCCACUUCUACUAGAUUUGCAAACAAAAGAGCCCAGAUUCAUGUUUGAGCCAAAAGUGAUUCAGAGAAUGGAGCUCAUGGUAAUGGCCAUUCUCAAAUGGAGAUUACGCUUAGUAACACCUUUUGAUUUUUUCCAUUAUUUCAUAUGGAAACUUUCAAGUAUUGGGUUUCAAUCAGAAUAUCAAAACCAUCUCAUUCUCAUCUCCCAUACCUCUAAUAUCAUUGUACUAGCAUGCCAAGUGAUGGAUUUCCUCGAAUUUUCGCCAUCUACGAUAGCUGCAGCCGCUGUGAUCUGUGCGGCUGAUCAGUACAUUGAUGAGUGUGAUCAGAUAUGGGGAUGCUUCCACCACAGAGUGAGCAGAGAAAAGGUGAGAAAAUGUUUCAACCGUAUGAAGCAUAGUAUUUGCCCAUUGCCACAGAUGAAGAGGCCAAAAUUGCAGCCAGAACCUAGCCCUGUUAGCUUGCUUGAAGUUGAAGCUGCAAAGAUUGGGGUGACAGGGACUUGAAUGAAAGCAAACACAAAAACAUUUGCCUUUUUAUAUUAUCACAAUUCUUGAAGUCAAUUUCAUUUUUUUGUGUGUUUAUUUUUUGCUUGUAAUUGAGUGUGACCCCUAAAAAAAAGUGUGACUUUUGUAAGGUGAUUGUGUGAGGAUUCGUCAGCUUAUUACACCCCACUUUAACUAGCAAAAAAAAAAAAAAAGAUUGUAAGGAUUUUUCUUGAUUUAAAAUAAAUUGAUUGGUGUAAUAAUGCAAGACAUUAUUCUCAUUCUGCAAUUCAAUGUUGCAAUGAUGCCUACAUCAUUCUCGUUCGAAUUGUUCAAAUUGUAUUAGAUGUAGUGCUGCAUUUUAAUAAUAAGU